AAUUCAGUACCUAAAAAUGGAUUUAAAGAGAGAAUGGACUUGAUCCUCAAUGUCUGCAGCUCUAUAUCAAAUGUUCCCUUAACAGCAAAGUCCUGUCAUGUUACCUUCAUAGAUGGUCUGUGUAACUGUAAAUCCUUAAUCUUAUUUUUCUUUUGUCAGGCUAAAAAGUUGUCUGCAGAACUUGUCAAAUACACAAGAAGCAGAUCAAAGUAUGGAAUGGCUAAAAGCAUAAAGAAAUGGUUUUGGCCCCUGGUGAAGUGUGUGACAAUCAGGGUGCCAAAUAAUGACCUUCUCCAGAAUGUCACACUUGUGGAUCUACCUGGAAAUGGGGACCGCAACAAGGGCAGAGAUAAAAUGUGGAAAGGGGUGAUUCAAAGCUGUUCCACUGUGUGGAUCGUGACGGACAUUAACAGAGCAGGAUCAGAGAAAGAACCAUGGGAGAUUCUGAAAAGUGCCAGCAGCCUUAUGGGAAAUGGUGGCCAGUGUCAGCACAUUCACUUCAUCUGCACCAAGUCUGAUGUUAUCGAAGACUCUGAUGAUUCUUCAGUAGCUGGCGUUCGUGCUGCCAUAUUUAAGAGGAACAUCCGGGCCAAGGAGGAAGUGAAGAGAGAAUUUGGGAAACUAAAGGGGGUUCAGACACAUUUCAGUGGUGACUGUUUCAAAGUGUUCACAGUGAGCUCCAACGAGUUCCUUAAGGAGAAAAGGCUUGGACCAGAUGAAACUGAAAUCCCCAAACUUCAGGAAUUUCUGCAAGAACUGAAUGACUUUCACUCAGUCACACUGAAGUAUGUGUCAGGAGCGUAUGGGAUCCUUUCCCUUAUUCAAGGUGCCGGCUGUGGAGAUGUGGAAGAAAAAAUUAAGGCAAAACUCGACAAAACCAUCCGGGAGCGAAAGAAAGAAAUCUACAGCAGCCUGACGACUUCAAUCGAGGAAAACAUGCAGAAGUGCUAUGAAGAUGCACAGCAAUGUAAAGGCAAAGGCUCCUUGAAUGCCAUGAGGGUCGUCAUUGAGCAGCAUGUUCGUGCCAAGGUCGACAUGUUCAAGGAGGCUAAAACUGUGAUGAUGUUAAAUCUGACAGAACUAAUGGUCUUUGUUAGCACUCGUGCUGCCGCGUUUUGA